ACCCAUUGUUAAAAAACAAAAAUAGAGCGCAAAGAAAAUACCAACGAAACUAACCAACAGUCUAAGAACACAAGACACCCCAAACGAACGACAGAGAAGACGAGGAAGAUGAUGCCCAGAUGCUCCGUUCAAUCCUCAGAUGUUCAGCUCUUUCAGACCAUAACUGGCCUUCAACAACUCGCGGAAACCCAUCGUUUCAAGGCCUGGUUAUUAGAUCAGUUUGGAGUACUUCACGAUGGGAAGCAGCCUUAUCCCGGAGCAAUUUCAACAUUGAAGAAGCUAGCAAAUAGUGGUGCAAAGAUGGUUAUUAUAAGUAAUUCAUCUAGACGCUCGUCUACGACCUUGGAGAAAUUGAGCAGCCUUGGGUUUGAUCCUUCUCUCUUUGUGGGAGCCAUCACUAGCGGAGAAUUAACACAUCAGAGCUUGCAAAGGAGAGAUGAUGCUUGGUUUGCAGCACUGGGAAAAUCUUGCAUUCAUAUGACUUGGAGUGCUCGUGGUGCCAUAUCUCUUGAGGGCCUUGGAUUACAAGUUGUGGAAAAUGUUCAAGAUGCUGACUUUAUUUUGGCUCAUGGCACUGAAGCCUUGGGGAAUCCUUCAGGUGAUGCAAUUCCCAUGAAACUGGAGGAACUUGAGAAUAUAUUGGAACAAUGUGCUGCUAAGCACAUUCCUAUGGUGGUGGCCAAUCCUGAUUUUGUGACUGUUGAGGCUAGAGCUUUGCGUGUGAUGCCAGGGACUCUGGCUGCCAAAUAUGAAGAGCUGGGGGGUGAAGUGAAAUGGAUGGGCAAGCCUGAUAAGAUUAUCUAUAAAUCAGCCAUGGCCUUAGUUGGUGUAGACCCUAUUGAUUCUAUUGCAGUGGGCGAUUCUCUUCAUCAUGACAUCAAGGGUGCAAAUGCAGCUGCAAUCCAAUCAGUUUUAAUCACUGGUGGAAUCCAUGCAACUGAACUUGGACUUGGUAGUUUUGCAGACGUAGCAGAUUUACCUUCUGUGCAAGCUCUUGCUUCCAAAUAUGAUGCUUACCCAUCGUAUGUGUUACCUGCCUUUACAUGGUAGAAUAUCAUCGUAAGCAUUGGAGUUUCUUGCCACAUUUAAUUAUAUGAUAUAUUGACAAAUUCUUGUACUUACUACUUGAAACACUGUAGUUGGCUUGGGAUUCUUAUAUGAUGUUAUGAAACUAGAAUUUGUUUUCAGCA